CAUUACACGUCCUCUCUGUCUUUCGAUCUUCUCUCAACUCACUCACCGUCCCGUUCCGACCGUUCACUCUUCGAUUAGCCGACAAAAAUCACAGAACCAAAGAAGAACAUAUGAAAAUAUAUAUAUAUAUAUAUAUUAUAUUUUUUUAAAAAUAAUAAUAAUAAAAACCAGAGAGAAUUUUCCAUUUUCCAUUUUUAUAUAAAAAAUAUAUAAUAUUCUUUUCAAAAAGACGAACACUCUUCUCUCUACUCUCUCUACAAAAGCAUCAGAACCGUUACCGUACAACUCAUCAACUUCACGGACCUUCUAUGGUCUUACUCUCUCUAGCUGUGUUCGCUCUUUUCCGUCACAUCGCUUUGAUUUUCACGGCUUACAAGAGCUUCUCUGUUCAUUUCUUUCUCUCUCUCUUAGGGUUAGGGUUUCGGCAUUGUCAUGUGAAACCCUAGCUCAAGGGUGUGAGUAGAGAGAGAGAGAGAGAGGUUUUUCUUUUUUGCGAGAUCGGUACGGGACGAGGCGGUCUUUGCAAUGGGAAAUUGUUGCAGAUCUCCAGCGGCCGUGGCCAGAGAAGAUGUGAAGUCGAACUACUCCGGCCACGAUCACGGCCGGCGAGAUUCGAACGCUGGUAAGAAAGCUCCGAUCACGGUGCUGAAUGGAGUUCCCAAAGAGAAUAUCGAGGAGAAGUAUCUGGUGGAUCGAGAGCUUGGCCGUGGAGAGUUUGGAGUGACUUACCUCUGUAUUGACCGCCAGUCAAGGGAGCUACUGGCUUGCAAGAGUAUAUCGAAGAGGAAGCUGAGAACGGCGGUGGACAUUGAGGAUGUAAGGAGGGAGGUGGCGAUAAUGAAGCAUUUGCCGAAGAAUUCGAGCAUUGUGAGCUUGAAGGAGGCUUGCGAGGACGACAAUGCGGUGCAUUUGGUAAUGGAGUUGUGUGAGGGAGGCGAGCUCUUCGAUCGGAUUGUGGCGAGAGGGCAUUAUACAGAGCGAGCUGCUGCAGCUGUCACCAGGACGAUUGUGGAGGUCGUGCAGCUUUGCCACAAGCAUGGUGUAAUUCAUAGGGAUUUGAAGCCGGAGAACUUUUUGUUUGCCAACAAGAAGGAGAAUUCGCCUUUGAAGGCUAUUGAUUUUGGGUUGUCUAUAUUCUUCAAGCCAGGUGAGAGAUUUUCGGAAAUUGUUGGAAGUCCAUAUUAUAUGGCUCCAGAGGUGCUCAAGCGGAAUUACGGGCCAGAAAUAGAUAUAUGGAGUGCAGGAGUUAUUCUAUAUAUUUUAUUGUGUGGGGUUCCUCCUUUUUGGGCUGAGUCUGAACAAGGUGUUGCACAAGCAAUUCUUCGUGGGCUAAUAGAUUUCAAACGUGAUCCUUGGCCCAAUAUUUCAGAUAGUGCUAAGAGUCUAGUCAGGCAGAUGUUAGAGCCGGAUCCAAAGCUACGACUAACUGCAAAGCAAGUGCUUGAGCAUCCAUGGCUCCAAAAUGCUAAGAAAGCGCCAAAUGUGCCCCUUGGGGAUGUUGUUAAGUCAAGGCUUAAGCAGUUCUCAAUGAUGAACAGAUUCAAAAGAAAGGCCCUGAGGGUUAUUGCUGAUUUCUUCUCGAUUGAAGAAGUUGAGGACAUUAAAGAGAUGUUUAGGAAGAUGGACACCGACAAUGAUGGUAUUGUUUCAAUUGAAGAAUUAAAAUCUGGACUCCGAAACUUUGGAUCCCAGCUUGCAGAAUCUGAAGUUCAAAUGCUUAUUGAAGCUGUUGACACUAAUGGGAAGGGAACAUUGGACUGUGGAGAAUUUGUUGCUGUUUCCCUCCACCUACAAAGAAUGGCCAAUGAUGAGCACCUUCGGAAGGCAUUUUCCUACUUUGACAAGGAUGGCAAUGGCUACAUUGAACCAGAUGAGCUUCGUGAUUCAUUGAUGGAAGAUGGAGCAGAUGAUUGCACAGAUGUAGCGAAUGACAUAUUCCAAGAAGUGGACACAGACAAGGAUGGGCUUAUUAGCUAUGAUGAAUUUGUGGCCAUGAUGAAGACUGGAACAGAUUGGAGAAAAGCUUCUCGACAUUAUUCAAGAGGAAGAUUCAACAAUCUAAGCAUGAAGCUGAUGAAGGAUGGUUCUCUAAAUUUGGGGGAGUGAACAAUACACGAGGUUGGUGUUUGACUAAUCCAUACAAAAGAAGUAUUAUGUCAUUCCCUGCACAUAUUGUACUUGCUUUCUUUUGUGAUUUGUGAUUAUUUGUUGGGGUCCCCUUAUCACGUGGGCCUACUUUUGCUUUGUGCCUUACAAGGAUCAUGAUGGUGGGCUGAGUACAUUUUGUUUAUCCCUGCAAAUCUUAAUUGUGUAAAACACUGUACCUUGUAGCUAUGGCACGGCAUGUAUGAUUCUGUCCUUUUUUUACCAUUUCAA